AUGUUGUUUUCUGCAAGAUUUAUGGCUUAUAAAGAGGAGAAGAAGACGAGCAUGCAUUUGGGCCGAAUACAGCAAGGGAAAGAUGAGUCCUUGCGAAGCUAUGUUCGAUGUUUCAACUUGGAGUCUGGGCAGAUUCCAGACUUACCUGACGGUGUAGCCUUUGAUAAUUUCUUCAGGGGACUUAAGAAGGGGUCCUUUAAGUUCGACCUGGUUAAGAAAAGUGUUAGAACUAUGGCCGACGCUCUAGAUGAGGCCGAGUCCUUCAUUCAUGCCACUGAAAUCUGCUCCGUCCCUAAAGAGUCUAAGGGAACAGAGACCACUGACCAUCCGCAGCGAAAGGACAAAUCGGAUAAAAAGACCAGCCGUCCGAAUGGGACAUGGGCCAUUGAAAAGAAAGGUUAUCAGACAACUCAGUCUCAAGGACUGAAGAGAGGACGUCCCUAUGAUAAAAGAAAGAUUCGAGUACAACACUGA